AUGUUCCCUCACGAGGUCGACCCCACAACCCUCAACUUGCGGCUCAACCAGAUUGCAGCAGCGUACCAGCUGCCUGGCGCGCUCAAGGACUCCUCCGCAAUUCUGCAAGCAGACUACUCGCUUGAAAGCUACAGGAGCCACAUGUUCACGUCUUCUGCAAACUUAAGCGACUCCCCCUCGUCAAUGGACUUCACGAACCAGCCACAUCUUAUCGUCGGCCAAAACAUCAACAACAAUCUUGGAAUCCCGCUUCACUCCAUCAACAAGAUCCCCUCGUACCAAUGGUCGUCCAAAAACGAUGACCCGGAACACCACUCGACGAAGACAAAACACAUCCUAAGUGGCCUAGGAGCGGCCGAUAGCGUUUCCUCGCUUGGAACACACUCACUAGGCAUGUCGUCCCUCAACAGCAAGCUGGUCCGAUUGCCGCUUCUAAACGAGGAGACGGAUGGCAUCAAAUGGUCUUUGGCCAACGGACUGCCCUACUACGACAAGGAAUUUGUCGAUAAGCAGAUCAAGUAUCUGAAUCAGAAAAAGGCCAAGACAAUGUCGAACAGAUCGCAGUUUUCCGCACAGAUGAACGAGACCAUCGAUGACGUGGAGUAUCUACAUGGCACCGUGAUCCUCAAUCAGUUUUUGAACAACAAACGGCUGGUUCGCAACUACCAAUGGCUGAUGUACUUUGCAAACAAACAAGGAGGACGCAAAUUGAGCGACAAAAUCAGCUCCUACGAUAACAUAAAGUACAAGUCGGUGCGCAGCUUCCAAAAAUCGGUUGAAAAAAAGAUGGCACGCCAACAACGCGAGGAAAUAGAACGCAGAAAACGCGAGAUGGAAGGAUUGCCGCCUCUUCCGCCUCAAAACACAGUGGAAUCGGACGAGGACGAAAAAGACGAGGAAGAAGAAGGGCCUAGGUUCCAGUCGCUGGACAUCCCAGUCAACCUAACCAAAGAGCUGAUCAUCGAAAAAGAACUACCGAUCGACGACAAAGAACUAAUCGACAACCAGAACAGAUUAUAUGGUAUUCAGAACUCUUAUCAAAUGCUAGAGGAGGCAAGGCAGACGGACGGUAUCAUUCACUCCCGCGUCCUGAGACUGAGACGAAAACCCAACCCGAAUGCCCUGGGAUAUUCAAAUAUCCGAUGCAAGAAACCACCGUAUGUCUGA